AUGUUGAAGAAGGUAGUUCAAUAAACUUUUGCUAAAUCAUCUCAAAACUCACUCUUCGCUGCUCUUCCUCAGAGAUCUAUGCUCUAUUUCAAUGAGCGCAACUAUAAGGUUCCAGAGAAUUUAAGCGACAUGGUGUCCUACCUUGAUAAAGCGAGACCAACCUUCACUCUGCUUUAUUUCACUGCUGCGUGGAACCCAGUCAUCAAGAAGAUUGAAAAGGACUACGAAAGAACCACUGGCUUGUACAAAUAAUUCGACCACAUCAGAGUUGACUGUGAUAGAACUCCCCCUGUUAAGUUUUACUUUGAUGCUAGAGUUGAACCUCAAUUCCUCAUUCUCCUUAAUGGUGCUGAGCUCAGAAGAGUUGUAGGCUUUAACUUCGAAAGACUUCACUCAUAUCUUGAUGAGACAAUUGAUCUUCAUCGUAAUCAAUUAAAUUACAUUGGAGACACUGGAAACACCUGGGAGAGGUUCUACGACAACUACGAUAGAUUCGCUAAAACUGGAGACUACGAUAAAGAUGCCUUCAGAGUUCACUACGAAGGUAUAAGUGAUACCUGGAGAGGUGCUGGCACUCAAAAUCCAUGA